AUGCCGCCAGCGGGCGCCUCGGUCACCUGCAGAGCCCGGCGCUGUCCCCGCACCUUCCACUACCCCUGCGGCAGCGAGCGGGGCUGCAUCUCCCAGUUCUUUGGGGAGUACAAGUCCUUCUGCUGGAAGCACCGGCCGCUGCAGCGGGUGCGGGCGGUGCAGCAGGAGCAGACCCUGUGCCUCAUCUGCCAGGAGGCGGUGGCGCAGCGGCCGUGCUAUGACACCCUGGUCUGUCCCACCUGCACCAGCGCCUGGUUCCACCGCCACUGUAUUCAGGGCCAGGCGCUGCGCUCUGCCCUGCACUACUUCCGCUGCCCUCUCUGCAGUGACAAGGACACCUUCCAAAAAGAGAUGUUCCGCCUGGGCAUCAAAAUCCCGGACAGGGAUGCUGCCUGGGAGGAGAAUGGAGCCUUUGCCAGCCUUUAUGAGCGGCACAGAUCCUGCGACACCAGCCAGUGCCUGUGCCCCGCGGGACAGGAGGAGGCAGAGGAGAAUGGGCCCUGGCGACUGCUGCUCUGCCACUCCUGUGGCUCCAGAGGGACCCACCGGCGCUGCUCCAACCUGGGAGAGGAGGUGGAUUCCUGGGAAUGCUGGGACUGCAGCGACACGGGCACUGUGCCAGCCUUGCUGCCAGGCCAGGUGCUGGACCCACUGGCACAGGGCCCCUCACACAGUGUCCCAGCUCCUGACACCUCACCUGGGGACGAAGAGGCUGGGAUCCCGCCAGGACGCCGCGACGUUACAGAAGGGCUCCAGGAGUAA